UCCGAGGUCUCAAGGUUGGCAAGUAUGGACUUACCUUGCAACAUGCUUGAACCUCCCUGCGGACGAGGCAGUGACACGAGCAAGUCAAGUUGCAAAUAAAGCAGAUUUCCGCGAGCGCGGCUGAUUAAUCACUUGUGGUUGGUCAUUAGCGUGCCCAGCUUGCGCUCCCGGGAGAAAAGAUAUACACACCCUUCCCAAGUAGGUGGGUAUUUUUUGUUUGAUGGCACAAACAGCAUCACCUUCCUCCUCCGGCCCACAGCAGAGAUAUCAGUUUGCUAUGACGGAAGCUGCAGCAUCCUUUGCAUAGCUGAGAUACAACUGAGGUGCAAUGAUGGACAGCACGAUGGAGAAGGACAUGGAGCUGGUGGGGAUGGGACUUCGGAUCUUGAUGUCCCCCAUCCAGAUAUUCUUUUACGUCCUCCUGGUAAUGCUGGGCACCUUGGGUAACGCCACUGUCAUUGUGGUGAUCGGCAAGAGCGUGUACGUGGAGCACGGCCGGGGUCGUAACUCGGACAUCAUAAUCAUCAACAUGGCCUUGUCCAAUCUGCUGGUGUCGGUGAUGAGGAACACGCUGCUGGUCAUCUCGGACACGGGACUGGAGUUGUAUUCGUCCAAGGAGUGGUGUCAGUUCCUCAUGGGCGUGUGGGUGUGGCUGCGCUCGGUCAACGUGUGGUCCACGCUCUUCCUCAGCGCUUUCCACCUCCAGACCCUAAGGAGGGUGGCUCCCGCCAUCAUAACCCUGCGAGGACCCCGAGGCGCUUCGAGUACCCUCCUGAUCAAUCUGGCUUUCAUCUGGCUGCUCAACUUUAUAUACUCCAUUCCUGCGUAUAUUUUCUCCACCAGCGGCAACGUGAACACCACAGAGACUUUAAUGCUGGUGAGCAGCACAACACGCCCCCUGCUGGGCUGCGUUUGGAACUUCCCGUCCUCCUUCAGCGGCCUGUCCUACGCCACCACCUCCAUGGUGAUCCAUGAGACCAUCCCCAUCAUUCUGAUGGCCUUCACCAACUUGGGCUCCCUUUACACGCUCUACACGCACGGCAGAGUGCGCGAGUCGGUGCUGGACACCCACAUCGCCAAGCGAGUGCCGGCUGAGAGACGGGCAGCCAAGGUGAUCCUCGCUCUUAUCAUGCUCUUCAUCGUGUCGUGGGGCACCAGCAUCAUCUCUGUCAACUACUUCAACUACAACCGCGGCUCGUCGGCAGAGUUCCUCCUGGUCAUCGCUCGCUUUGCCAACAUCAUCUUCAUCGCCAUGUCGCCCAUGGUGCUGGCGGUGGGCCACCGGCGACUACGUUCCUUCAUCCGCUCUGUGCUCUCUUACUGACGCAUGAAGGCCAGGUGCACCUGGUCCGGGUGUUGCUAACCGCCAGACACGAUAUUAGCCGGUGGCGCCUUAGUGUUGGUGCGGUGCCAUUUAAGAAGUCCUAACCAGCCCAUCGCCAUUCCCACGAUCCUCUUCCGCAGCUUUCCGUGGCCCAGGGCUACGACCAUUGGACAGAAGCCCACGAACAGCGAGGCAGAGAAGUGGGCCACGGUCAGCAGGCCCUCGGCGUGAUGCCCCCUGUCGUGGUUGUAGUAGGUCACGGCGGCCACCUGCAGCACCCAGCAGACCACGAAGAGCGACACCAUCAACAUGAUGACGUGCGCCGCCUUUCGCUCGCUGGACACAUGCAUGUCCAGCUCGCCGUGCUCCCCGGCCGCCGUCACCGCCCUGAUGUGCUUGGCCAGGGAGUGCAGGGUGGCCAAGUUGGUGCACACCAUCAGCACCAAUGGCAGCACCUCGUUGAGGGCCAGCGAGGCGGAGGCAAACGCCGCUCCCUGCUGGCUGGAGGGAAACUCCCAUAUGCAGCCCAGUAGAGGCCGGGUGGUGCAGCUGAUCACCAUCAGUUCCACGGUGGCGUUGCCAUGGACAUGGGUGCUGUAGACCAGAGCCGGGGCCGAGAAAGCCAGGUUGGCACCCCACACUACCCCCAGGACGAUCCACACCCGACGCCUUUCCCGCUGCUGGGCCAGCGGUCCGAAGUUGACUUGAUGCCGCCUGAGGGUUGUGCAGUGGAAGACGCUGAGCGUCAAGGUCACCCAGCAGCCCACCGCACGCCACCACACCCACAGCAGCAUGAAGACCCGACACCAACCCGGAGACAGACUCACGUUCAACCCCAAGUCCGACACAAAGAUGGGAACGGUGCGGAACAGCGAGGUGAGAAGGUUGGCCAGCGAAAGGUGCACCAAGAUGGUGUCCGAGGGACGGAGUCUCCUCGAUGGACUCUUGGUGGAAGCCUGAACCACCUGUGAAGAAGACCAGGGGAAAUAAGCACAACCGCUCACCUCAACGUGAUGCUUUAGUUGGCCUCACCACGUAGAUGACCAGGACGUUUCCCAGAAUGCCACAAAACACCAGCAGCCCAAACAAAAUAGCGUCCACGGUGAGGGCGGCCGACAUGGCCCCGCGUGCAUGGUGGCGUCGUGAGCUCGCCAGAUUCUCUCAUUGAGGAAACUGCUGUGGUUUUAUAUUCGCACACGCUGCAUUAAAGCUUCGCUGACGAGCCUCAAGGCGCAUUAGGUCUGGCCGAGGUAGACAUUUUCCACCGACGCCAUCUGCCUCACCGAUCAGAGCUCUGAACAAACACGCUAGUACGUCAGCUCGCUAGCAGCUCUCUUAUCUGAUGCCAACUUAAACAUGAUGCUGGGCCAGAUGGGACAAAAUGAAAUUAAUACUUACUUAAAUGUGUCAUUAAAUUUUAAUAAUCUAAACACAUGAAUGUAUUAUAAAAAUGUGUUGUUAAUUUAUCUAAUGUAAAACUAAAUGUUAUUAUUUAACUAAUUAUUAAUUUAAUUAAUUCACAAUUUAAUGAACUAUUUUAUGAUUUAAUGACUUAUUUAAUUAUUUAAAAUAUCACUCAAUGGGCGGAGUUACCACAAAUCCAUAGUCCAAUCAUGGUAAGUGGAAGUGCCGGCCAACCAAUCAGGUGUUAUAUAAUUGGGUGUUAGGAUCAUGAAGUUAUUAUACAAACGUUUGUAAUUGAAA